CACACACGACUGGAGCAUGCUUAUGAAAAUGCAAACACAAACUGCCAUGAACACAUACGAACAGGGUCUGUUUGGCUCCCCAGGCCCCCUCCAGCUGUCUGGCUAUAACCAUUGCUCUCUGUGUUCUAGAUGUUCCAGAGCUGACUUCUGUGCAGAGCAUGUCUGCAAAGAGAAAAUAUACUGCCUUCAAACAUACUGCUCUUUCUCACUGGCUCAAUGACGUGAUAUUACAGUCAGUCAGCGGCCCGAGGCCGUUUAUGUAACAGUAUAUGGUUUGCAUAAGCAUUAACAUAUGAUUCAACAUCAGUUGUACAUUAUACAUAAUCAAGCUUUGAAGAAAUACGUCACAAUAAAUCAACAACAGGAUUUCUAUCCACACAUUAUGUGAUGUGCAUUAAGUCCAAAAGAUCUUAAAUCACAACAGCAUUGUCUGUAAAGAUUGCCCUUUGUAUGCUGCCAGCACACUAGCAACAUGUGUUGUGCAGUGGUUAGACUCCAACCAUAGGCUUCCGAGACAGGUUGGAAAAAAAGGAGUGAGAAUAAGCUGCAUGGAAGAAAAGGCCAUCACUGAGUGAAGAAUGUUUCAGCAGCCAGUUAAAACUCUUCAGGUUGCCAUUCAGUGUCCAGCGUAAACAUCUACAGGGAUAGUCUCGACAAAACUACCUUUUCAGAGGCUUUCCUAACUAAAAUUGGCCGGGGAAGAGAGGCGAAAGGCUGUUUGUGUUUCAUCCAGGCAGGCGACCAAAUGGAUAUCAAGUCAAUUUUUUUGUUACUCUCUGUGUGUGGGCCGACUUGGGCCUUCACGUUGGACUUUGACUAUGGAGGCGUACCACUCUGGAUCAACCGUUUUUUGGGAGAGCCGAGUGUGUUGACUUUGAAAGAUCGAAUGGAUCCAGGCUGGUUUCGUGCUGUGAAUGCACAAAGUUGUCCCUUGGAGUGUGACUGCCCGAUCCAGUGGCCAACAGCCCUUUAUUGUGACCACAGGAGCCUUAACCAGCUUCCCUCUGGCCUUCCAUCCCGCACACAGUACCUGUUCCUCCAAGGGAAUGAUAUUACUUUCCUUGGAACCGGAGCGUUCGCCAAUACCACCAACUUGCGCUGGUUGAUCUUGGAUCACAAUCAAAUACUGAGUGAGCAACUCGAUAAUGUGUUGUUCUCCAGUCUGACCCACUUGGUAUAUCUUUUCAUAAACCAUAAUAACCUGAAAAAGGUGCCAGCCGGACUGCCUAGCGGACUCAAGCAACUGCGACUCGCAUAUAAUCACAUCGAAAAGAUUUCUGCAGGUGCUUUCCAAAAUCUGGGCAAUUUAACGGUACUUCUGUUACAAGGCAACCGCCUGAAGAUUAUUGAAGAGAGCGACUUUAAAGGUCUUGGAGGCCUCAACCUCUUGGAUCUCAGUCACAACCUCCUGGAUACUUUCCCUAAACAUCUGCCUCCAUCUGUCCAGCAGCUUUACCUCUCCAACAACUCUCUGACUGGCCUGACCGAGAACAGCCUUCAUGGUUUUAAUGGACUCCGUUACCUACGGCUCGGACACAACAAAUUGAGGAAUGAAGGGCUUGACCCUGGCGCCUUUAACUUCACAUCUCUGGUAGAGCUGGACCUUUCAUAUAACCAGCUGAAAGAAAUCCCAACAGUUCCCACCACCCUUCAAUACCUCUACCUUGAGGUUAACCAUAUCCAAGAGUUCAACGUGAGCAGUUUCUGCAGGACAGUAGGACCCACAUCAUAUUCACGUAUGAAGAUCCUGAGGCUAGACGGUAAUAAAUUGGAGUAUCACAAGCUGCCUCCUGAUUGGGUGUUCUGCCUACGUGUCCUCCAUAACAUUUAUAUAUGAUCUAAUAAAAGCAGUCAUCGCCUUGAGCAGCUCUACAUUUUCAUGCCUUUAAAAGGCUUUAAAAUAGCAUGCAAUAAUAUAUUAUAUUGUAACAUAAUAUGUAUAUUUAGUCUGCAUUGGAAAGCAUGACAGCAGAAUAAAUUGCUCAGUAUUCAAGGUGCUAAUGUUUUGAAUAAGCAUGUUGUAAAUGGGCCUUAUAAUUUUUUUAUAUGAUUUUACUCUGGAUGUACUGUAUAUGGGCAACCGUAUUUUGUUUUGAUGUACAGUGCAAGUCUUGUACCUUGUCCUAGUUUUCACUUCAAAUGUUCUAAGGAUUUAAUGAGAACUAGUCUAACUGUUAAACAUGUGAAAACAUUCAAAAGUUUGGGGUCAGGAAGUUUUUUUUUUUUUUUCCUCAAUACUUUUAUUUAGCAUUAAAUUGAUCAAAAGUGUCUGUAUUCACUUUUAUACAACUAUUCAACACUGAUAAUAAUAGAAAUGCUUCUUAAGCAUCAAAUCAGCAUAUUAGAAUGAUUUCUGAAGAAUCACGUGACACUGAAGCCCGGAGUAAUGGCUGCUGAAAAGUCGGCUUUUCCAUCACAUUUCCAUCACAACAUUUUUAAAAUAUAUUUCACAAUAUUACUGUUUUUACAGUUUUUUAUCAAAUCAAUGCAGCCUUAUGAGCAUAAGAGACUUCUUUCAAAAACAUUACAAAAUCGUACCAACCCCAAAUUUUUGAAGGGUAGCGUAAGGCUUUUUGUUACCUAUAAUCUGGAAAGUUAAUAUUCCAUCGCUGCAUCACCUCUCUGUAAGAUUGCAAUGUAUUUUCCUCCAAACACCUGACUUAAGUUCUAAGAUUCCAAUUAAAAUAAAACCCCUUCAUGUCAAAUUA